CAUUCGUCAGUCGAUCAGCCAUCGUUGUUGUUCUCGGGUUGUUGGUAGAGAUGCGAGUUUUCGUGUGAAUAAGUACGAUUACAGUAGUUAUUUCUUCACGGAGCUGGAUUCAACAUAACUCCAAGAUGCGCACGACAUCGGACUUGGGCGCGAGCGUACCAGCGUUCCUUGCCAAGCUUUGGAAGAUGGUUGAGGAUCCGGAAACCGACUACCUUAUUUCCUGGUCACCUAAUGGAAAAAGCUUUUUCAUUAAAAAUCAAUCGCAGUUUACAAGCGAAUUAUUACCAUAUUACUACAAACAUGGCAAUAUGGCCAGUUUUAUACGACAGCUGAAUAUGUAUGGAUUCCACAAGAAGGUAUCUGUCGAAUUGGGCGGCCUAAAAUGUGAUAAAGAUGAAAUAGAGUUUGCGCAUCAGUACUUUUGCAAAGGUUAUCCUCAUUUAGUAGAUAACAUUAAAAGAAAAGUUACGUCUAACAAAAAUCAAGAUUUACUGCAUUCUUCUCUUAAACCAGAAGUAGUGAAUAUGAUAUUUACUGAGUUAAGAGAAAUGAAGGAACGUCAAAAUAGUAUGAAUGAUACUGUAAUGAAAAUGAAAAGGGAAAAUUCAACAUUGUGGACAGAAUUAGCGAUGUUGACACAAAAACAUUUGCAUCAGAAAGAACUUAUUGAUAGACUAAUUCAAUUUCUUGUUUCUCUCGUACAACCACCGAGGAGUGGAAUCUCUGUUAAAAGACGACGUCCAUUAAUGAUAAAUGAUUCAAGUCGUUUACAUAAACAAUUUAAAUUGUCUAAGUCGCAAGAGUCUCCUACAGGACCAAUAAUUCAUGAGGUUGAUACGGAACCUAAUGUGGAUUCAGAUUACAUUGUCAUUGACAUGUUGAAAAAUGAAAAUUCGACUGUUCAAAGUCCACAAGAACAUACUGAAAUACUGACAGAUGAGGAAAAUUCGAGAAAUGUAUAUACAUUUGAAGAUAUCAUUCAGAAUCUUAAAAUUGAGACAAAGAGGAAACGUGUUUGCAAAGAUAAAAAGAAGAGGAAAAACUCGAUGCCUGUCAAAAUUGUCAUUCCAGCAUUGGGAAACGGAAACAAAUCAACAAGAAAAAAAUUGCAUAUGCUUGAAAUACUUACUGAUGAAGAUGAGCAUGUGAGUUUACUGAAACAUGACUCCAUUGGUUCUAAACCAGUACCUACAGCGACUGUGCGUAGUUCUAAACUCGCAGCGAUGGCAGCAAGGAUUGAAUCUCAAGAUGCUGACAAUGAUGUGGAUUCAGUUGAUUUGGAGGAUACUAUGGAAGUUUUGGACAACAAUCCAUCAAUAGAGAAAUUAGAAAAUUUAAUCACCCCGGAAGUGUUAAUUAACUCGGAAAUGUUCCAUAAUAGUAAUAUUCAAAAUAAUAUUGAGAAUGAAGAAGAUAGUAACAGCAAUCCUAACAUGAAUAACAGAUUCAAUCAAAUGGAUAGCGAAAGAAUUAUUUUAGUGACAAAUAACAAUGAACAAUACAAUGAAAAUAAAAUAGUACAAUCACAAAAAGAAGAUAAUAGUUAUGACAGAGCAAGCGCAAGUUCAUUGAAGGAUUUAUUGGUGAGCCGUGUCAAUUCCUCUGGAAUGACUGAAGCUAAUUACAGAUUAGAACCAACGGAAGAACUAAACAAUCACGUAGAAACAACACAGAAUAAUUUGGAUACUUUCCGUGAAAUAUUGCUGAGUGAAAAUUGCAACUUGGAUGCUAAUACUUUUCUUGACGUAUUUAAUACUGAUGAUCCGUUUGGAUUAUCAAGUAAUUCAGAAUUAAAUCCAUAUUGUGGGAAAGAGGAAAAUAUUUCAGAUUCCGUCUAUGGAUCUACUGGUGUUGAAUUUAUGACAUAUAAUCCUCCAUUAGAAUUAAACGACGAUAUGUUUAUGGGAAAUAAUUCAAAUCUAUCAGAUUUACAGAUGAAUGGUUAUACACAUUCUAUGAAUUAUGAGAAUUCGAAGAAACUUCUUGAUGAUCUGAUAGCCAAUAAUACGGAUUCGUAAACAUUAUCAACUAAGAG